AUGACUGAUAGGCUUACUGGCAGGACUAGAGGCUUUGGCUUCGUCACCUAUACCACUCUUGAAGCUACUGAGAUGAUUGAUGUUAAGAGAGCAAUGAUAGAGGGGGCUGGUGGGUGCCAUCCUCAGAGUGGGGGUCGUAUAUCAGGAGGGGACAGGAGGUACCCUCCCAUGGGUAAGGGUAAGGGCGGUGACUACAUGUAUGAAGGGGGUUACUCUAGUAAGUAUGGUGCUCCUCCUGUUCCUCCUGUUGGUGAUGGUAUAUCGCUCGCAUCUCCUUCUGAUGGUUACAACCCAUGCAAGCUGUUCAUUGGUGGUAUACCAUCGGACUUGGACCAAGGUCGACUCGACCAAUUCUUCUCCCAGUAUGGGAAUAUAGUAGAUUCAGUGGUAAUGAAGGAUAGGAUUACCGGCAAACCUAGAGGAUUUGCCUAUGUUACCUACUCUACCGCUGAGGAAGCACAGACUGCUAUCAAUGCUGGGGAUGCGAAUAUACUCGACGGCAAAUGGGUUUUCAUUGGGGGAGUGCCUGCUUCUGUUGAUAAUGGUAAUACUCGUGUACAGUAUGACUGUAUCAUCAUGACCGAUCGUGUUACUGCCCGUCCUAGAGGCUUUGCCUACUGCACCUAUAGUACACCAGAAGAGGCCCAAGCAGCGUGUAAUGGUGGCAGUAACAACUCUAUUGAUGGCCAAUGGUUCGAUGUGAAACCUGCCACUAGAGAUCCGGCGGUUUGUGGCCCAGGAGGGAGGCCUUCGAGAGGAGAGUACCCAACGAGGGAGGCUUAUGAUAAUACUCGGCAAUACCAAUACCAAUCACCAGGGCCUCAGUACGGUCAGUUUAGAAGGGAAGGAGGGUCCUUUAGCCGUGGUGAUGGUGGUGGAAGGUAUGAUACGCCCUACACUCAAGGUAUGUACCCGCAGCAGCAGUACUCUCGGGUACCCUAUCAGCAACAGCAACAACAACAACCCUAUCCUGGCCAAUUGCCACCACAACAACAACAGUAUCGUGCUUCUCCGUAUUAG